UUCCUUACAAAGGGAAAACAUCUCGCGAGCAGGGUUGUGUUUUGAAAGCUUCUCGGACGCUAUUUUACGCGAAAUUAGUUUAAACUAAAACGCGGAAGAGUGUGAACACAAGAAGGACAACGGCACUUGUCGAUGAAGCACGACGUUUAUCAGCGCACGCGACACUGACGUGAGAAAAGACACUUCGUUGUGGAGUCUUUCCCUUUUCAAUGAUAUCCACAAAUCAAGAAGGAAGAUCCAGCAUGGAUGUAACCUCGUAAUACUUGGGAUUUUCUACAGCGAUGUUAAAAUGCAGGCUGUUGUCAGUGGAGUACGCGAGGGAUGACGCUUCAUAAUGGGAUGAUGUUCUAUGCUGAAUGUCAUUCUCCUGCUGUUUGCAUCAUAAUCCUCAGAUAUUAUCUUCUAGAUACUGCUGUGAUGAACUGAGUUUCUUCAUGAGUUUCCCUCUAAAAGAGGGAGUGAAAGAUACAUCAAUCUUACACAGUCCCAAACAUCUAAUAAUAACAGACCUCAACUCAUGUAGUUCACUGACUGAAGUGUGAAAAUGGAUAAACUCACCAUUAUUUCAGGAUGUCUCUUUCUUGCAGCUGAUAUUUUUGCUAUUGCAAGUAUCGCAAAUCCAGACUGGAUCAAUACAGGAGGUCAAGAGGGGGCUCUGACUGUGGGUCUAGUCAAGCAAUGCCAGACCAUCCAUGGUCGAAACAGGAUAUGUAUCUCCCCAAGCCUUCCUCCAGAAUGGGUCACAACCCUGUUCUUUAUUAUCUUGGGCAUCGUAUCGCUCACCAUCACAUGUGGCCUGCUUGUGAUCUCCCAUUGGCGGCGAGAGGCAACAAAGUAUGCCCGCUGGAUUGCCUUCAUGGGAAUGGUCCUCUUCUGCAUGGCCGCUCUCAUAUUUCCAGUUGGGUUUUAUAUCAAUCAAGUUGGAGGACAACCUUACAAAUUACCCAAUAAUACUGUUGUUGGGUCCUCAUAUGUACUGUUUGUUUUAUCAAUAUUUUUUACAAUAGUUGGACUUCUUUUUGCAGGUAAAGUGUGCCUGCCUGGCUGACAAAUCUACAUUUUUAGAUUUAAAAAAUGCUGCAUAUUUGAAUUAUUAUUUUUUUUAUUUAAAUGUCAUUGUGUUUAAACCGGUGAAAGAGAAAAGGGACAACUUGAGACACUAAAAGGUGUUUUUGUGGGUCUCGAUAUAUGUUAGAAUGAUAUUGUGGUCAUUAAAAGAUCUUUAUAAGUGAUACCAAACAGUCAGCUAGUUGUUAAUGCUAAAUAAAUUACCCUUGUGUCAUCCAAGGGAGUUAUUCCUCAAUAAUGACCAGCUGUUGGUACAUCAUCAUGUUUAGGACAGGGCUGUUAACCAAAUAAAUAUAUGGAGAUGAAAUAUUCCUUGGAUUAGAUUUUUAAAAAUUAAUUUUACCUUUUUAAAUUAGGCUGUACAUUAAAUGUCGCAUGAA